GCGAGAACUGAACCAUGAGUAAAGUAUGAAAGGCUCUUCUAAGUGAUACUUUGCACGUGGUUUGCAAGGAUGCCCUACAUAUUGAUUUUCACUGUUCAGUUAUUUGUCAGUUGGCCAAGAAGUCAUGCUCGACUGAGUACAAAUUUAAAUGGUAUCUAAGAAGAGUGGACGAUUUGUUACAAAUUUAGAAACAUCUGCAAGAUGACGCUCUGAGACCAAAUUCCAUGUAUGCUUGUACAUUAUGCCAAUCGACCCUCACGAGGGCAUUAGAGGGGAUUUUGUGAUACCGCAUGUCGGUGGUAACUCGUUAUUCUUUGAGGUUGUUUCACUUCAGUUCUUUUCAUUGACACAUAGUGAGAGUCGGUUAUGGCGAUAAUAAUUAGGCAGCACCAUCGAUACAUCCUUGCGGCAACAGCAGCUACAUUUUUAUUUUUAUUUUGGAUUCACGUGUACCUAAGUGAACCAGAGGAAAUUAAUGAACAGAAACCGGACGACUUUAGCGUGACUGUUAAUUUGGAUGCAUACCCUGUAAUCAAAUUAGACGAUUUUCUUAUUCCGCCCCAUCCUUCCAGAAAGCAUGGAAACCCAAAUCGAAAGUUCUCUCAAGCUGGACAGGACGCGGAAGCAUAUCGUAUUUUCCGUAAAACUGGUGGAUUUUUUGUAGAUAUUGGUGCCAACGAUGGCUUGUAUUUGUCAAACACAUUGUGGCUAGAGCGACAACAUGGAUGGUCCGGGUUAUUGAUAGAAGCCAAUCCGGGUCUCUGUAAGCAUAUUGAUGAUCUGAAGCGCCACGCUUGGCGUUUGUGUGCAUGUUUGUCUAACAAAAUCAGGCGUGCUACGUUCGUGAGGGCGGAUGGUGUAGGUGGAGUGGAGAAUAAUUUGGACAGUGAUCAUGUAAAACAAUUUCAAUUUCACAAGAAUUUCACUAGAAAGGAAGACGUCCCGUGCUUUAGCAUGGAAGAGGUUUUGGAUAAAUUGAAUGUCCAUCAUAUUGAUUUUUACUCUCUAGACGUUGAAGGAGCGGAAAUGCAAAUUUUAGAAUCCAUGAGGAAAGAAUUAUCUUCACGUAAAAUGACAGUAGACAUAUGGGCCAUAGAGUAUCGUGUAUGGGACGGCAAACAAAUUGUGGUGCAUAAAUCUAUGGAAAAUCUUAAAGCUUUAAGGAAAUUUUUCAGAGAAGUUGGUGGCUAUGUAGAACAUUCACAUCUAUCUAAUGACGAAAAUAAUGCCAUUGGUUAUGCUUUGGAUGUUAUUUUUGUAAAUAUGAGCACGUGGUGCAGUCGUUACCCUAUCCUUCCAAGCGGGGAACAAUGCUGACCAUUGUGCUGACCGGGAAUACUAUCCGUCCAGACAUUUUGUCGGAAUGUGUUAGCUAUUGCUACAGUCCCUAGGAUGAUAAUGACAUUGUAUUAUACGUGUGUACUACUCAUUGUUGCAUUAUCAAUAUGAAGUUGUCACAGCCAGGAAGACUAUCAUCGUCGCAAACCACGGGUUAUUGCCUUUUAAUUUUUGCUCCAUUUCACGAAUACUAGUAACUCCUGGUUUGCGACGAUGGAAGACUAUAUGUGUUCAAGUUCGCUAUCCUAUUGCCUGUUAGAAAUUGUGGGCAAUAAAUUUCAAUAUGAAUCUAAA